AUGUUGAUAGUAGUGUGCAUAAGAUUAGUAAAAGGAAUUGGCAAUGAUCUGGCCGUCGUUAUCGAAAAUAGCGACGCGGUGCUGCUGACAGUUGGGAUCUUGACGAAGUUGGUGAUGCCUCUAUUUUACGAAAAACAAAGGCGCACAAUAUACGAACUAGUGGCUAAGCACAUCGACUCCAUUAAAGAUGAAAACGAAGUUAUUGUCCUCCGGAAGUUCUCCGACGCAGGAUUUAAAUUUUCAUUCACUUAUAUGGUAGUCAUAGCCAGCGCGGGUGCAGUUUUCUUCAUUUUGCCACUCACCAAAAUGUUUUACAAUUAUUUGAUCGGCAAGAACAGGUCGGAGACGGAGCUGCCCCUCCUUGUCGAAUAUGUGUUUUUGAACAAAGAGCAGAAUUUCUACGUCAUACUAGUACACAUGUUCAUGUAUCUUGCUGCCUGUGUGAUGAAUGAUUUGGCUGUUGAUUUGGCGUUUAUAAUGGGAGUUUGCCACGUAUGUACUUUAUUCGAAAUUGUGAGAAUGCGUUUGCGUAAAGCGUCGGAUAUUCUGAGCAGAGAUAAAAAGUUUAACCAAUCUAUUAGAGCGGUCAACGAAGCCAACGCCCUUUUGAAGUCAGCAAUUGAUAUGCACAACGAAGUUUUACAUCUGAUUGCGUUGCUUGAAGAAGUAUACCAUCUUGUCUGGUUCAUCGUCUUAAUAUUCAACACUUGUAUGGUUGGAAUAACCCUUUUGGAACACUACAUUGCUUUGAAUAGUCCUCUUUACUUUUUACGCUACGUAAUGGCGAUGAUCAUGUUUUUUGUUCAUUUUUACGUCAUUUUUAAACAAGGCCAGAAGGUGAUAGAUUCCAGCUCAUCAGUGUUUGAUGAAUGUUAUAGAUGUAACUGGUACAACGCCCCAAAAUGCUCGUGCACAUCGCUGCUGUUAAUAAUGAACCGUAGUGUUAAGCCUUGCACCAUAACUGGUGGACAUGGAAUGUUUGUUUUAUCUAUGGAAACAUAUACCAAGAUGUUAAAGAUUGGGUUUUCAAUGUUUACCGUAUUAAAAUCUAUUCACAAUGACAGCUGA